UUUCCAGUGUAUGUAAAAUCUAUGUGUGUAAAAUAACUAACACAUCCGCUUUCACCGGAACAUAUUCAGUUCACACACAUGGCGGUGAUCUCCGGUAGCAACAACCGGAGCUCAAUCUCCGUACGGAACACCGGCGCUACUUUCAAACGAUUCGCCAUCGCUCUUUCCAUCUCCGUCUUCCUCUUCUUCACACUCUCAUUCCUCUUCACAUCUUCAUCAAACGACGUCGUUUCAUCCCAUUCCAACACUAAUCUAGAUUUUACAUUCAAUACGAACGUAGUUACUGGAUCAUUCCGUAGAUCUGCACUUGCUUUGAAAUCCGAUCCGUUAAAGCCUAGAUUUGAUCAGAUCCGAAAACAAGCAGAUGAUCACAGAUCACUUGCGUUAGCUUAUGCUGCUUAUGCGCGUAAAUUAAAGCUUGAAAACUCAAAACUCGUUAGGAUUUUCGCUGACCUGUCACGAAACUAUACAGAUCUGUUGUCGAAACCUGCUUAUAAAGCGUUAUCCGAAUCUGAUGCAAAUUCAAUUGACGAACCGACGCUUCGUUUGUUUGAGAAGGAGGUUAAGGAGAGAAUUAAGGUGACUAGGCAGGUGAUAGCUGAGGCAAAAGAGUCGUUUGAUAAUCAGCUUAAGAUUCAGAAGCUGAAGGAUUCGAUUUUUUCGGUUAAUGAGCAGUUGACGAAAGCGAAGAAACAAGGUGCCUUCUCGAGUUUGAUUGCUGCAAAGUCGAUUCCUAAGAGUUUGCAUUGUUUGACUAUGAGAUUGAUGGAAGAGAGAAUUGCGCAUCCAGAUAAGUAUUCUGAUGAAGGAAAGGAGAGGCCGGUUGAGUUUGAUGAUCCGAAGCUCUAUCAUUAUGCUAUAUUUUCGGAUAAUGUGAUUGCUGCCUCGGUUGUGGUUAAUUCGGCUGUUAAGAAUACGAAAGAGCCGUCGAAGCACGUUUUCCAUGUUGUGACGGAUAAGAUGAAUCUAGGCGCGAUGCAAGUUAUGUUUAAGAUGAAAGAGUAUAACGGUGCUCAUAUUGAAAUUAAGGCGGUGGAGGAUUACAAGUUUUUAAAUUCGAAUUACGUUCCGGUGCUGAAACAGCUAGAAUCAGCAAAUUUGCAAAAGUUUUACUUUGAGAAUAAGCUUGAGAAUGCAACAAAGGAUACGACCAAUAUGAAGUUCAGGAAUCCCAAGUACCUGUCUAUCUUGAACCAUUUGAGGUUUUAUUUGCCUGAGAUGUACCCAACACUGCACAGGGUUCUAUUUUUGGAUGAUGAUAUUAUUGUUCAGAAGGAUUUGACUGGGCUUUGGAAGAUAGACAUGGAUGGGAAGGUAAAUGGAGCCGUUGAGACUUGUUUUGGAUCGUUCCAUCGUUAUUCACAAUACAUGAAUUUCUCUCAUCCUUUGAUCAAGGAGAAGUUUAAUCCCAAGGCAUGUGCCUGGGCUUAUGGGAUGAACUUCUUUGAUUUGGAUGCCUGGAGGAGAGAGAAGUGCACUGAGGAGUAUCAUUACUGGCAAAAUCUGAAUGAAAACCGCACUUUAUGGAAAUUGGGGACACUACCACCUGGCCUGAUCACAUUUUAUUCCACAACCAAACCAUUAGAGAAGUCUUGGCAUGUAUUGGGACUUGGAUAUAACCCAAGCAUAAGCAUGGAAGAGAUCAAUAAUGCUGCAGUUGUUCAUUUUAAUGGGAAUAUGAAACCAUGGCUUGACAUUGCUAUGAACCAGUUUCGCCCACUUUGGACUAAAUAUGUCGACUAUGAUAUGGAGUUUGUACAAGCCUGCAAUUUUGGUCAUUAAACUUAUGAUUCAGUGAUGGUUCAAUUCCUUGCAAGGUAGCACUCAGCAAAACUAGUCCAGCCAGGAGGAUAUUUUUUGUGAUUACCUUUACACGUAAACUGAACGACGCUUUAUCAGACGCUUUCUAUAUCAGUUUUAAAAUGAGUUUCUGAAAUGUUUAUAGUUCCAUAGUUAAAUUAUCUUGUUACAAGUAUUUGUUUAAUUAAGAUCAGUUCAAUAUAUAAUCAUGAUUUAUGACUAA